AUGCCAAACAUCACUGGAGUGCAGGAUGUGGUCGACGACACCUUGUAUCCUGACAGUCCUCGAACAUUGACGGCGGCUGAUCAGCAGGAUGGAAGACACUGGCUGUUCAGGCGCAUCUUUCCCAAGCUGCGCUGGACUAAUGCUACCAGCAGCCACACCAAUCAAGGCGGAUGUCCAAGUGGUGGCGAUGGAGUCCGACCGAGUCAACAUGACUCUUUUGACUGGAGUGGCAAUAGCACCAACCCCAACAAAGUCCACUUCUUUACACGACUUAUCGAUGAAGUGCCCGGCUUCGCAGCUCGGUAUGGCGUCGGGCGUGCGGCGUCGCCCAAGCCUAACGGCGAGCCUUCGAAGACCUCAUUGUCGGCCGGUUCGUCAGCAUCAGGUUCCCAUCAUAGGACUAAACACGCAUAUCACUCUUCACUGAGCGCCACUCCGCCAUCGACACGAGCUUCAUUCACAUCUUCUGCGACCACCGUCCAGGACGGUACCUCUUCGGGGAAAGACCCAUCGUCUGACCCUCCUCGAUCCGCCUUCGAGCUAGAGCGAGCCAAUUCUUUCGACGAAGACGCGUGUGAAUUGAAGCUCGAAGACAUCAUAGCCCUCUAUGACGAACAGACGGAGGAUGAGAUCGAUGCUUUUGUCAGCGUUGUCACAAGUCCUGGCCGCGCGAGUAUUGUCGAUGCCCAAGCGGACGACUCUUUCGCGGCUCUACCUAAACGGAGUGGACCAAGCCAUGGUAAUGCUCCUCGGUCUCCUGUCUGGAACGGUACUGUACUCGAGCUGGGCGUGAGCCUGGGUGAUGAGCUUGUGGUAGGUGGAGUGAGGUGGAGGCAGGCGGGCAGGAAGGUCUCGCAUGAGAAUUUGAACGGCAGGUGA